UUUUUCUUAAAUAAUUAUUUAAGGCGAAGAAGGUGAUGGCCCGUACCGCGCGCUCGCGACGAAAGAUGGCAAACACAACAGAUACGGGGCACACAGUAACUGGAAGCAGUCUUCUCUCAACGUCAAACUCAACAUCUUUUAUUGAUGGCUCGAAUACAACGUACCCGACAGCCCCGUACUCCAGUGAAAGCUACAGCAGCUUCAACUACACCAGUUUGGCGAACAGUUUCGGCGUAGGAGGCGUAGGAGGUGUAGGAGGGUACGCUCUCGAUGACCUUAACUAUACAGAGCUUUGGAUUGACGUUUGGAAUAAUACCGAAGCCACUAAUGUCACCCAGAGACUCAAUUCAACGGUACUACCUCCUCUUGGUGGUUACUGCAACGAGUGGGAAUCUGCACAACACAAGCUCUUUCAGGCUGCUAAUUUAUUUUUCGCUGCGGCAUUUAUCGUCCCACGGUCAUUCAAAGCAUCUGUAUUCGCACUGCGUACAUUUCUGACGGCUGGAUUCAUGUUAGCGGCACUCUGGGCGGGAAUGACAAUUUGUGCUCUGGACGCGAUGCUCUGGUCGCUGGCUCUGGGAUUGUUAAACGGCGUUCACUCUUUGAUACUUGCCUGUCGGUUCUUACCACCGGCGUUAAGCCCGGAGCUCGCUGAGCUCUACCUCAAGCUCUUCAAGCCUUAUCGCGUCAGUAAAAAACACUUCCAAGAGCUCGCCAAGGAGGCAAGAAUACUCAAGCUUGAUCCAGAUUCGCCGGAAUGGGAAGCGACACAUGAAAACAUAAACGACGUAUUUCAAGUGACGAUAAGAGCCGAAGAGUCGAGCACAUACAUUUGCUGGACAAGACUGAAACUACUACGUGUUCUUAGGCAUCGACCACUGCUUAAAAUAGUCCUCAAUACACUUAUCGGGAAGGACAUUACCUCAAAACUUUACGCGUUAAACGAACAAUUGGCUGGAAUAGUGACGAUACCCGAAAGCACCAAUAGCCCGAAUCCUUAUCGUGGAAUGGCUCGGAGCUUGAGCGUCGAUGCGGUUAAUACCGAGACUGCCGGGAGAGUCAGAUCAACCACAUGGAAAUCUCAACGGAGACAUAGUAAUCCACGGAGCUCUCCCCAGCGUGUAUCGAAUCAGUACUGGACGCCGGUUGUUGCUAAUCAUUUCACACCCUCGUCUCCGUUCAUCUCAAUGCAGCAGAACAACGUUGGUUACUCGUUAAUUCCACAAAGUGUUACAUUUUCACCUCCACCACCGACACGGCCACCAGCCGCGACGCAUCCACCCCUUCUGAGACAACGCAGCGCUGGUGGACCCGGUGGUGAUUACACGCUGCUACCACAAACGCCAAAACUCGAACGCAAACGAUCAAAAAAAGCUACCAGAGAGGUAACCUUUGAGACACCUGUAUGA